GUUUGUGUGCCACUGCUGACAUCGGUAACGCUAUCAAAAUGCUCAUUGUCAGAUUCGCUCCAUUAUCGACGUCUUUUUCGCCAAACUAUCCUAGUUGUUAACCCAGCAAACAAACUAUGACAGUCGGGACGGAAGCUGACGGCCCAUAGUCUGCUUGUUCGUGGCGGCUGGAGCGGCUCUGCCCGGCUCCGACAUAUGGACUCCUCGGUGGGCAAAAGGCGGAAGACUGCGCAUCCACACGCCGAAGCCAAGAUGCUACACGGCCGCUAGUCCACGGUUAGCCAAAUACUAACCCGCACUUAGCUAGCUGCUACUCUGCUCCUUGGAAACUUCUAGUCAGCUUCGUGCUGACUCGGCAGGUUUGAAAGGUGGGCGAUGGACUUGCAUUCGCCACAAGGAGGCGCCGUCAACUGAAGCAGCUUCCACCCUCCCGAGGGACGAUGGCGAGCCGCAGGAAGUCCAGCACGCCGUGCAUGGUUCCUCCUCGGGAGGCGCUCCACUCCGAUCAGGACACGGAGGAAGUGACGGAUGAGGUGGAGUCCGAGGAUGGCGAGUUCAGUGUCUCCAGGCCUGUGGGGGGGAGGGGUUACUCUCACACAAGCGCCACCGAGGGAGGUUACGAAUGCAAGUACUGCAACUUCCGGACGUCUCAACUCAAUUUGUUCACCGUGCACGUGGACUCUGAGCAUCCCGAUGUGGUUACCAACACGUCGUACGUGUGUGUCGAGUGCGACUACCACACCAGGAGCUACGACACGCUACUGGUGCACAACGCUCGCCACCACCCGGGCGAGGACAACUUCACACGCACGAUGGUGAGACGUAAUAACGAGACCGUCUUCCAGCAGACGGUCAACGACCUCACCUUCGACGGCGGCUUCGUUAAGAUGGAAGCCGGCGAGGGGGAGGAUGUGUGUCGGAAAGGCAUCGCCCUCAGCAAGACCCCCAUCAUGAGGAGCAGGGCGGAGCCCAAAAAGUUCACAGUCUCGCACAAAAUGGCCAUCGAGGACGGCAUUAAAGUGGAGAGCCAGGACGAGACUGACGAGUACGAGGACCCGCCCACACUGUCGCCCGUGACUGCCACCGGCCCACGACUCGUCCCCCUCUCGUCUCCCCUUCACGUCCAGACGGUGUCCCCGAGCUUCGUGGUGAACAGCGCCAACGUGCUGCACGUGAAAGGCGGCAGCAGUGGUGGCACCGUGCUACCCGCUGGGACGCUGGCCCAGGUUCUGUCAGCUUUGCAGAACCAGCAGAACCAGACGCAGCUCCUCAUCCCCGUCAGCAGCAUUCCUGCCUACAACGCUGCCAUGGACAAUAACGUUCUGCUGGUCAGCUCCUACAACAGGUUUCCCUAUCCAGCGGUGUCGGAGGUCGCCGCCUUGUCGUCGCAGACCAAGUUCAGCGAGGAGAACAUCAAAGUGUGGUUCUCCGCCCAGCGGCUCAAACAUGGCGUCAGUUGGACACCCGAGGAGGUGGAGGAGGCGCGCAGGAAGAAGUUUAACGGCACUGUGCAGACCAUCCCCCAGACCAUCACUGUCAUCCCCGCCGCCAACGGCCUGCAGUCCAUCUUCCAGACUUGUCAGAUCAUGGGCCAGCCGGGUCUCGUCCUCACGCAGGUGAGCGGGGUCGGCGGCACCGUGUCUGUGAGGUCUCCCGUCGCUCUGACCGUCGCCGGCGCUCUCGGCAACCGGCCCAAAGCUGCUGAACUCUCCACAUCUGAGUCGAAGACGGAGAAGGUGUCCUCGCCGGCCUCAUUCGACUCUGCCUCCAAACCCAAAAAGUCCAAAGAGCAGCUGGCCGAGCUGAAGGCGAGCUACGGCAGGCGUCAGUUUGCCACCGAGGCGGAGAUUUCCCGCCUGAUGCAGGUCACCAAGCUGUCGAAACGCGCCAUCAAGAAGUGGUUCAGCGACACGCGCUACAACCAGCGCAACUCCAAGGACCUGCACGCCGACAGUCCGUCCGGCAGGGGGCCGGCGCCUGCUGCAGGCGCCCAGGUGGCAAGAGGCAGUGGAAAUGACGCCGAUGCCGGCGACAACGCUGCCGCCAUUGUCAUCGAUUCCAGCGACGACGCCAGCGACGCUUCGCCGACGUUCGCAGCUUCCCUGGCCUCGCCCCGCACCCUGGGAGACCGCCGCGCCAAACUCCGCCACGCCUUCCCAGACUUCACGCCCCAGAAGUUCAAGGAGAAGACUUCAGAGCAGCUCCUCCUUCUGGAGUCCAGUUUCCGCAAGUCCGACACGCCGUCAGACGACGAGCUGAUGCGUCUGCGGGCGCUCACUAAGCUGACGCGCCGCGAGGUGGAUGCCUGGUUCAUCGAGAGACGCAAAACACCUCAGGACCCGCGCUCGCUCGAUGGAAAGACGGCCGAAGACAAGCUCAGACCUGCCACCACUCGGGAACGCCCCCCAGUGACCCCCUCGGGCCGCAGGAUGAUGAAGAAAACGCCCGAGCAACUCCACAUCCUGAAGAAAGCCUUCGUCCGCUCGCAAUGGCCGACCACCGAGGAGUACGACAAGAUGGCGGAGGACAGCGGCCUGCCACGCACCUACGUCGUCAACUGGUUCGGAGACACGCGGUACGCCUGCAAGAACAGCAACCUCAAGUGGUUCUACCUGUACCAGAGCGGCAAGGUGGACGAGGCGCUCAAUGGUGGGACCAAAAUCCACAAGAAGUCCAGGAAGCGUUUCCGGGGUUGGUCCAGGAGAACACGUCGGCCGUAUCCCUGCAAGCGCUCGCCACAGGGGGGCGCCACGCCCGGCCAGGCCAAAAGCGGCAAGGCGGUCCUGAGGGACUACUACCUCCAGCACGGCGUCCUGAGGGAAGGCGACGUGGAUGCGUUGGCAGCCAAGUCGGACAUGAGCGAGCAACACGUGAGGGCGUGGUUUUGUGAGUUGGGUCAGCGGGCGAAGGAAGGCAAGGUGUUCAGCGAGGUGGAGGAGGAGGAGGAGGAGGAGGAAGCACUAGAACAUGCGGACAGCGAAGGAGACAUGGACGUGAAAGAACAAACCGAUGAUGACUGCAACCCGGAGCCGGAAGAGGAGGAUCAUGGUGAGUUGUCUCCUGGCGGGACAUCACAGCAAACGUGAGCAGGCUCUUGCUUGAACGAGUGGUGAGGAAGACACGGUCGUCACAGGACAGACCUUUUAUUGUGGCGGGAACAAGCCAGCUUUUAUAUUGCUUCUUUCUCUCGGCUGCUUUGUAUGACAGAGAAGAUUGCAGAUAUUUCUCCGAGUGAGACCUCUUGUAUCCAAAUACUUUUCCAAGCUGACCUUCCAAGCGGACUUUUAUUGUGAAAGGACGUCCAGUGAGUGCCGUCAAGCGUGUUUGCCAGGACAAGAAGGUCAUGUUUUUACUGGACUUGAUCACAUCACGGCUUCCUGGACUGACACGGUCCAGCACCACGUCAGCCUUGCACACAAAAACACUUUCAUUUGUAAUUUAGUGCACCCACUUCCUCUUCCUAUUUAUUCUCUUUCAACUUUGACCUUGUCAUUUGCCAGGAAUAAAAAGCUGAAAAAAAGCGAGUGUUCCUUACCAGCCUUACCCAACCUUACCCUUCCCAGCCUACAAUGGCAGGCACCGUGUUG